GUAAUUAAGUAAAUAUGUCAGUAUUAUUUCAGAUAAAAAGAGAGAAAUUUUUUUUUGUGAACCCAGAAACCCCACAAGUCACAACAUUCCCCGCCAGUUUAGUUCUGCUCUAUCAGGAAACUGAUAAUGGAGCUGUUUUUAUCAAUACCCACAAUUAAACAUUCUGAUGCACUCAAUUUUAAAUUCCCAGUAAUCCCUUUUCACCUUACUAGAAGAAAUCUUCACAUUCGCCCGCCUCGCUUUCUUGUAUCAUCAAAGAAAUCAUCUUUCCAAGACUUUCAGGAAUAUGCAAAGCCUAGACAACUUUCACCCACCAAAGAGCUGAGAUUUGAUGGGGAUGAAACACCGGAAACAAUCCUUUCAGCUCUUCAGUUAGAUGGGUCGAAUUCUUUGUACAAGGUCCAGUUGUGUACUAGUUCUAUGUAUGGAUCUGAACUAAGUGAUCAGAAUGCUGGAAUUCUUGUCUGUAUAAUUGACGAGCAUGGUAAUUCAAUAUUGGAGAGGAUUCCUUCCAUCAUCAGUCAAGAUCAUAUGCUGCAGUCAGAAGAUGCUGUCACUUCUGAGGUUAUUCGCUUUAAAAGAGGUGCAACUGAUGAAUAUAUAUUUUUGGGACCGAAACUGGCAAGAAUUCAGGCUAUGUGGAUAAGUCUUGAAUCAGGCAGUUGGAGAUUGGGUGGUGCAAGCUUGACAAUUAUCAGUGUUUAUAACUAUCAAAGGGAAGAAUCUUAUGCAAAUGGGGGUAGUUAUUGCAGCAUAACUUGCAAUUUUGAAGUUGAAGAUGUUUUGCUUGGGGAAGGGGGUGACUUGGCAAUGGUAGAACUUCGCCCUUGUCUGGUUACAGAACAUUUUGGGGCUGAUUCUGUCUCGAUUAUUGAUAGAAAUUCUUCACAAGCUGUGUCACUGGCAGAAAAGGGAAUAACAAAUGAGGAUAGCAUGAGAGAAUAUGAAAAUCUAAAAUAUUCUUUGUUACUAUAUGAUGCUAUGCUCAUUUUUGCUGGCACCUCCAUUACCUCCAUCACUGGAGGUAAGAAUACAGGCUUAGCAUUUUUUACUGGAGGCAUUGGUGGCUUCCUGUACCUGCUAUUCUUGCAGAGGUCUGUGGACACAUUACCAGCUCCUGAAUCAAUGGACAAGGGAAAUAACUUCAACAGGCUGUUUGGAGGAUUGAAAGGUCCAAUAUUAGUAUUUGUAACUGCUUUUGCUAUUGCGAUUUUAGCAACGAAGCACGACAAACCAGACUUCAUAGCAGCACUGACUCCAAGAGAUAUUUUGGCUGGAAUGGUUGGUUUUCUUGCUUGUAAGGUUUCAGUAGUAUUGGCAGCUUUCAAACCUGUGUCGAAAAUGGGUGUGGAAGAUAAUGAUUGAUGCCUUUUUUUGGUUUCUAUAAAUCGGGCUUGUUAAAGAGACUAGGGAUAUGAUUUUUCUACUUCUUGUGUACAGAAAACUCUGUUAAUAAAAACAAUUAUACAGUAUUUUAAAAGCCUCUGUUCAUUA